GAUGCAGCAGACUGAAACCUGCGUGGAGACAGAACAGAAGGAUAAGAACCAUGUCAGCCUCCUGGAAGCAGCUCCUCUCUCAGGUCCUCCUGCUUCUCGUCUCCUGCAGACACGUCAAUACAAAGACUCCGAGUCCAACAGCACCAGCGCUGGCUCCUCUGCCAACAAAUGUGAGCAGCGUCGUCCUUAAAGGUAAAAGUCACACCGAGAACAUUCAGCUGCUGAACCCUGUCAAUCUGACGCUGGUGUGCAUCUGGACCGGCCAUCAGAACACGGCACCAAACAUAACCGGCCACUGGAGGAAGGACGGCGAGGAGAUCCAGAGCAGCCGCCGCUCGGUGCAGGUGGACAGUCAGCAGUACAACAUGACACGAGUGUUCAGCAUCGACAAGGAAGAAAACCUUGGAAAUUACUCGUGUGUGUUUGGAGAUGAAGCAAAGAUAGAUUUCAUUCUGGCAGCUCCACAGUUUGAUGAGGACCGAGACAAGCCGAUCAUCAGCUACGUGGGAGAUUCUGUGGGCCUCACAUGUAAAAUGGCAAACCCGGACCCCAACACCUGGACCUGGUACAAAGAGAACGGGACGGCUAAAGAGCUCAUCUCUGCAGAGCCUCAACGCUAUGAAAUCAAAAACACAAACAACCACACCAAGCUGCUGGUGCACAACCUGACGGAGGCCGACUCUGGCGUGUUCUUCUGCGGCGCCGUGUUCGCCAUCCACACCACCAUGAGACCCGUGGAGCUGAAGGUCAUCACCUUCAUGGAGCCCCUGAAGCCCUUCAUCAGCAUCCUGGUGGAGGUCGUCGUCCUGGUCGCCGCUAUUCUGCUCUUCGAGAGGUGUCAGUCCAAGAAGAAGGUCCCAGCAGGAGACGGGACCACCGCUGACCAGAAGAACAUGCUGCCGCAGGGAGACGAUAACGCAUCAGAGGGAAGUUCCUCGAUGAGACAACGCAAAGUUUGAAGACCACAGAGGCUGAAAGGCAGCAGAUCAAAGCUUCUUUAAAAUGCUUGUGUUCGAAUGUGAAUGACGGAUGAGUUUUAAAGCAAUACUUAUGCACUUGUUUUCAUCUAUGAAUGCAAAUAUUCUCACCAGACAAAGUGCAAUAAGCUCCACCUAACCAGCAGUCUGUUUGCUUCCUGUUUGUCUUGAUGUUGUCAUGACUCCCUCCUCCUGCAUCUCCUUCACUUCCUGUAGAGAAACCCACACGUGUGUUUGACUUCAAACGUCUUUGUCACGUCUGUUGAAACGGAAGUGUGCUUGUCUUCUCUUUGGGCCACAACUCCAACCUCAGGUCGUCCUUCCUGUUGCUUUCUGCUCCGCCGUGGCUCCUGAGCAGUGCCUUACAGUCACACAGCCAAUACCAAACAUCCACUGAGCUCCAGCCUGCAGCAGCGCGUCUACCCACAUAUAUAUCCUCAUGUAUGCUGAUGUUUGUGCAUAAUUUUGUUGUAAAUGAAGUCAGAGGGUCGACUUCAGGCUGCACUGUGUCCAGAUUAAAACUACACAAAUGAC